AUGAGCAUUGGCUUCCAGAUCUCACGUUCCAAGUUCUUUUCCGCGGUUUCCUCUAUUCGGAACCCUGGAGGGGCAAUUCGGUCAUAUGGGUUACCAGCGGCCAUGGUGGUUAUCAUAGUCCUGAUGUUGAUGAAGAGGAAGGAGAGUAGGAGGAACCUCACACCCAAUCAGUCCCGUCUUCUGCAAAUCAUUCUGGAGAAAGAUGGGAAAAUUGCCCAACUUUUGCACCAGAUUGCACAAAUGAAUGAAAUACUGAUAGAUAGUCACAAAGCUUUGGCUGGAAAAGUGAGGCCAGAGAAUAAGCUUGGAGAUGAUGAAACGUGGGAUAGGGCUGAAAGUGCUCUCAAGGAGGCUUUGGAUGAGUUUGGCAAGCCAUGGCAGGUCAGCAGUGCAUGGCUACUGUACAAAUCCAGUACAGCAGGAAAUGGAUUCCUUUCUGCAACACUACAAGGUUUCAGUGUUUUUGAUGACCGGGAAGGAGUUGAACAAGGAUUUCGGUUAGCAAUAGGAAAGCCUGAGAGCAUUGGAGCCAGUCCUCCAAGUACACUGUCGUAUUAUGAAAAUCAGGAGUCAAUUGAUAGUAGCUCAAGUAAAGGGAAUAAUUUUGAACCAGUUCAAACAAUGCUCAUUGUUGAUAUGAAAUUUGGUCCGGAUUCAACAUUUGUUUCUGUGUGUAUCCAGAGACCUCAGUUACUUGUUGCACUAGAUUUUCUUCUUGCUGUAGUUGAGUUUUUUGUUCCAACAGUCAGCAGUAUGCUAUCAUUUGAAGAACACAAUUCCUCCAUGCUGGAUGCAAUCAUCAUAGAUCAGUCUAUCUACAAGCAACCUUGUGCUGAAUUUUCCCUCUCACCUCAAAAGCCUUUAAUAGUUGAUGAUGAAAAUUUUGAUCAUUUCAUUUAUGAUGGGGAUGGUGGAAUUCUAUAUUUAAAAGAUGGGCGGGGUUUGAAUCUUACAUCAGCUAGCUCAGAGGCUAUAAUCUAUAUUGGAAAUGGGAAAAAAUUGCAAUUUAGAAAUGUUGUUAUUAAGGGUGGACAGCACUUGGAUUCUUGUGUUUUUCUUGGGGCAAAUAGUAGUUAUUCAGCUUUAAAUGAUGACCAUGUCUAUUUGGAACAAUCAGUUGAAAGUCCUCAGGCAAUAUCUCCGAGAGGUAGCGUGCAUGAAGUACCAUCCCAGAAUAAUGCAGCUAAUAGCUCUGCGGAGGUUAUCGUUGAGCUUCAGGCUGUUGGUCCAGAGCUUACAUUUUAUAACACAUCAAAAGAUGUAGGGGAAUCAUCAAACUUGUCUAAUAAACUUCUACUAGCACAGUUGGAUGCAUUUUGCAGGUGA